AUGAGUGUCCCUCUACCUCCAAAAUGGGUCAUCGACCUGAAUUCGCCUCCGCCCGCAAAGCCUAGAUCCGCAGGAAUCCCAGACCCCCCGGGAUUUACAGCAGCAGCAGGAACCAAGAAACAGCAGUCCUCUGUCACCAAAGCCGCCGUCCGGGCGCCCCCAACGACCGAGGAGAUGGACACGCUGAAGCUCAAGAAGGCGUGGGAGGUGGCUCUGGCGCCCGUCAAGCAGCUGCCCAUGACGGCCAUCAUGAUGUACAUGUCGGGCAACUCGCUGCAGAUCUUUAGCAUCAUGAUGGUGGUGAUGGCGUUCAAGACGCCGUUCAUGGGCCUGCUGGCUACAAAUCAGGCCUUUGAGCGCUUCGAGAGCGAGGGCACCAAGGGCCAGCUGCUGAUGGUGAAGGCGGUGUAUGUGGCGAUGCAGAUCCUGGCGCUGGCUUUGGGGGUGUGGAAGGUGAAUGGGAUGGGCUUGUUACCGACGACGAGGUCAGAUUGGUUGGCUUGGGAGACGAUGAGGGUCCCUACGGAGACAGCCAUUCCGGCUUUCUGA